AGUCAUCGAUGGUCUUCUACGCUAUUAUGUUGUUUAAGACCACCCUCUCGGCGACAGGGUAUUCUCCUCCCUUGUCUUCUUCGAGAAAAUAUCAUCAAAGCCCUAAUUGGAAAUCCCUCUUUGGUCCCCUGAGGUAACCCUUCUUCGCCAAAUAUCCGAUUCUCUCUUACCACUAAUCACGAAUUUAUUAUUAUAAUGGUCAUCUUCAUUUGAUUUGGUUCUUAUCGGAUGAUUCCAGUUUUUUUUUUUUUAAAUGAAUGCUUGCUUCUGAUUUGAUUAGAUUUGGAUUCUUCGUCGAAAUUUGUUCUAGUUUCUGUAAUCGUUUCAGAUCGAACUACGUGUAAUUAAGGAUCCAAUUUCCUAAAGUCUAGGAUUCAAAGGUCGCAUUUUUAUCGCUUUUUGGGCAUUUUUUUAUUCCACAUUUGAUUUUCCGUUCAGCUUCUCAUCUGCGGGAAAUAGAUUUCUUCUUGUGAGUUAAUAUGGGGUUUUAGUGAUUUUUUUUGAGCGUAUGGAACUGAUUGCUUUCGAAAUUGAUGUUUGGAAGCUUUUCUAGGAUUUCUGCUUCAAUGCGUAAGCUUUACACCUCUAGAUUGGUUGGAUGUAACAGAGGGUUGAUGUUAUCCAUAUGGGUUGUUCUUGAGCUGUUCUUUCUGAAAUAAAAAAGAAUGCAUCUUGGGAUGAUUUUACGUAACAUAACCUUAAAAUUGUAGUUAGGGCAAAAGGGAGAAAGGAAAAUGUAUAGAGGGGGUCUCGAUAUAUUUAAAAUGGCCCAAUCUUUGGAGCCGUUCUCGGUUAACCUCAAUUCAGCAUCCAAAACUACUUUGGCUCCUAAAGCAGCCAACCCUCAGGUCCAGUCACUGCAGCUGCAAAAUCCUCGCAUAACCCAUACUCAGCAUCAACAGCAUGUCCUGUCGAAACCUACGUGACCUGAAGCAGCAGUUCCAGCUCCACAUGCCACUCAGGUUGGUGGGGUGCAAUCUACCUUGCAGCCUCCAGAUUGGGCUAUAGAACCCCGUCCAGGGGUUUACUAUCUCAAGAUGUUGAAGAAUACAGAGGUCAAUGAUAAGAUCAAUCUAGAUAAGUAGCGGCAUAUGUUUGGGAGGCAGUUUGCAACAUGUGAUUUGGUGCUAGAUCACCAGUCUGUAUCAUGCCAACAUGCAGCAAUAGUUCCCCACAAGCAUGGAAGCAUCUAUGUGAUCAGUUUGGGUUCAGUUCAUGGUACAUUUGUUGCCAAUGAGAGACUGAUUAAUGACAAUCCAGUUGAGCUUGAAGUUGGACGGUCGAUGCUGUUUGCUGCAUCAACCAGAAGGUACAUCUUAAGAAAGAAUACAGCUGCUCUUUUUCCAAACCCAGCACUUCCUGCAGAAAUUAAUCUACCUUCCCCUCCAGACCCUUCUGAUGAAGAUGCUGUGGUAGCAUAUAAUACAGUACUCACCCGUUAUGGUUGUAUUAGUCAGUUGGACCUCUCAUCCAAGUGUCAAAAAUCAUCAGGCAGUAUGUCAAGUAGAACUGAUGACCACCAUUUGUCAGGAAGGUCUACCAAAAGAAUUAGGAAAGCAAGAGUGGCAUUUAAAGAUCAGGUCGGGGUGGGGGGGGAUGUUGAGAUUGAACCUAGCCCUAUUGGUGUAAAAGAAGGCAGUCUUGUUGGGAAAUAUGAAUCUCUUUUACAGAUUACAGUUAUACCAAAAGGAAAGGAGCAGGUCUGUCCAAGGGAAGACAGAACUUCUCCCAAGGGUGUUACUGAUAAGCUACAAUAGGUCUUGAACAUCAAAAGCACUACAGAAAGUGGGAUCUAUGAUGAUCUAUAUGGGUAUUCCUUUUCUGGAAAGGUGGGCUCAUCCUGGGCAUACAAGCCAGAUAGGCAGGCGGGUAGCACAAAAAGCAUUGAAGAAAAGCCUCUUAGUUCUGCCAGUGAGAAAAACAACGUUAGUUCAGCAGAUGACAGCAAUGAUCUCUUUGGUAAUCACUGAUGAUAUACCAUAUUUCAUUCAUUAAUUUGUUCAUUAAAUGAGUCUGUGAUGAGUUAUGCUUCAUGUGGACAUUUCGAAGCCCAUGGUGGCUAUGAGUGCUGUAUAACUGAGAAAUUUUGUUGCAGUUUCUCAUGUUGUUCUGCAUGGGUCAACGUACACCCAAAAGGAAUGCCUGAAUUGCCUAAAAUUAUUCUACAAUGAUCUGUUUGGGUCAUUCUAGUGAUGAAACAUUUACUUCUUU